CGCCUCCCCCGCCGCACAUCGCGCCUGCGCCGCCCGGCGCUCCCGCUCCGCUCCGCACAGCUUUGUCCGGGCCCGGCCGAGCGAGCGGCGGCUCCCGCGGAGCGACCCCGGCCCCGCGACCCCGGCCCCGCCAGCGCUCACAGCCGGGGGCGCGGGCGGCCCUUAAGGUGGAUCGCGCUUAAGGUGGAGCGCUGCCGUGAGGCGGACCGGGCGUUAAGGUGGAUCGCGCUUAAGGUGGACUCUCGGCGAAGCCGCGCCUGCCGGCGGGGGGGCCGGGGCUCGGCAUGGGGAGCCCCGCCUGAAGCGGGGCCCGAGGAGCCGCGCCGGCCCGGCCCGAGGAGGAGAUGGGGGAGGCCCGCUGCUGAGGAGCCAGCUUCGCCCCGGCCGCUGACAAUGCCCGGCUCCCGGCCGCUCGGCAGGAAGAGGCAGCCCAUGGACGAGGGCGAGGCAGCUCCUUCAUCACCGCCAUCCUCCUCCUCCUCCUCGUCCCUUUGCAGCUCUGAAGCCGUCCCGGCCGCAGCCUCGCCGCCGGCCCCCGGGACCCCCCGGCGCAGCGCCAUGGAGACGGUGGGAAAGUUUGAGUUCAGCAGGAAGGACCUGAUCGGGCACGGAGCCUUCGCCGUCGUCUUCAAAGGCAGGCACAAAGAGAAACCUGAGCUGGAAGUAGCUGUGAAAUGUAUUAACAAGAAGAACCUUGCGAAAUCACAAACACUGCUAGGCAAGGAAAUUAAAAUUCUUAAGGAAUUGAAACAUGAAAACAUUGUUGCCUUGUAUGACUUCCAGGAACUGGCAAACUCUGUCUACUUGGUUAUGGAGUACUGUAAUGGUGGUGACCUGGCAGACUACCUUCACACUAUGCGGACACUUAGUGAAGACACCAUCAGGCUCUUCCUCCAGCAGAUAGCAGGUGCCAUGAAAAUGCUGCACAGCAAGGGCAUCAUCCAUCGGGACUUGAAGCCCCAGAAUAUUCUCCUUUCCUAUGCUGGGGGCAGGAAAUCAAAUCCCAACAACAUUCGCAUAAAGAUCGCUGACUUUGGGUUUGCCCGGUACCUGCAGAACAAUAUGAUGGCAGCAACAUUGUGUGGCUCACCCAUGUACAUGGCACCAGAAGUCAUUAUGUCCCAACACUAUGAUGCCAAAGCUGACCUCUGGAGUAUAGGAACCAUCAUUUAUCAGUGUCUAACAGGAAAGGCUCCCUUUCAGGCCAGCAGCCCACAGGAUCUCCGCCUCUUCUAUGAGAAAAACAAGAUGCUGAUGCCCAACAUCCCCAGGGAGACAUCAAGCCACCUGAGGCAGCUCCUGCUGGGCCUCCUGCAGCGGAACCAUAAGGACCGCAUGGACUUCGAUGAAUUUUUCCAUCACCCAUUCUUGGAUGCAAGUGCCUCUAUGAAAAAAUCUGCUUCCGUGCCAAUGCCUUCUUAUCCCAGUUCUGGCUCUGGUAGUUCCUCUAGCAGCUCAUCCACUUCCCACCUGGCAUCACCUCCUCAGUCCCUUGGAGAGAUGCAGCAGCAGCUGCAGGAGAAGGCACUGGCAUCUCCCACCCAGGACUCGCCCGGGUUCCUGCACGGAUCCAAGGACUCUGCAGGGAGCAGCAGCAAGAAUUCCUCCUGUGACACUGAUGACUUUGUCAUGGUCCCUGCACAAUUCUCAAGUGAUUUAGCUGCUGAGGCUGCAGGAGGGAAACCAAUCCAGGACAGUCUGAUGUACAGUGGGAGCUCCCUGGUGACUUCAGCAGGCUUGGAAAGCCAGGGGAGGACACCAUCUCCAUCACCCCCAUACAGCAGUUCUCCAAGCCCAUCUGGGCGGCCAGGGCAGUUUUCCAGCAGCAAGUACGGCCACUCCGUGCCCAUCCCAGUCCCCACACAGAUCCACAACUACCGGCGGAUCGAGCAGAACCUGCAGUCUCCCAAUCCUUACUCCUCUCCCCGGUCUGGCACGGUCCGGAGGUCCAGCAGUACAAGUCCCCUUGGUUUUCCCAAGACUGGUGCUUCCCCUCCUUAUCCUGGAGAGCAUGGAUCCAUGCCCAGCACUAAGAAGCUCUCCUUUGGUGGUGCCAAGCCGUUUAUGCCAUCACCACAAGUUGGAACAAUCCCAGAGCAGCCCAGCCAGACUGUUAUCCCAUCUUCCCUUGGAGCUGAAGUGAGAAGCCGAGUUCCUGCUGCCGGUUCCUUGGCACCUGAACAGUCUCCUCGAGGGAUGGGCUCCCGGCUCCACAGCGCUCCCAACCUGUCAGAUUUGCAUUCCUGCAGGCAGAAGAUAACCAAGCAGCACUCUGACCCUCUUGUUGCUCACUUUGGUCACACCCCAGUCAGCCAGCCUCUGCAGAUCCAUGGCUUGCAGCACUGCCGGCAGCUCCGAUCCUCACCCAAGCUCUCCGAGUUCAUGCAGAGGAGCCCUUUGCCAACAAUCAUGGGCUCCCCUACAAAGGCUGUGUCCCCAUUUGAGUUUCCCAAAACCCCAAGUUCCCAGAAUCUCCUCACCCUGUUGGCCCAUCAGGGGGUCAUGAUGACUCCGACACGGAACAAGACCUUGCCAGAUCUGAAAGAGAUGGGUCAUUUCCACUGCCAGCAAACUGGGCUGGGAUUGAGGCCUGUGGAGGAGAUCAAGGGCAGAUCUCUGAGCACGGGCAGGCUCACUGACCUGCUCCUCAAGGCAGCCUUUGGGGCACAGAUCUCAGAAGCUGGCAGCAGCGACAGCCUGAACAAUGAGAAGCCAAUGGAAAUUGCAGCUCCCUCAGGUGCUUACGGAGGGACCCUGCACUCUGGUGCCCGGGCUGGGGGCUCUGCCAGCCCAUCCCCAGUGAUUUUUACUGUCGGAUCCCCUCCCAGUGGAACAACCCCCCCACAGACCACGAGGACCAGGAUGUUUUCAGUGGGGUCUUCCAGCUCUCUCAGUUCUGGAGGCUCCUUCAGUGGGAGGCACUUGGCAGUGGGAGCUGCUGGGGAGGCCCUGGAGGGCCCCUCGAGUCUCCGGUACACUUUUGCUGAUCCCAUCACUGCCAACCUGGAAGGUGCUGUUACAUUUGAGGCACCAGAGCUGCCUGAAGAGACCCUCAUGGAGCAGGAGCACACGGACAUCCUGCGCAGCCUGCGCUUCACGCUGGCCUUCGUGCACUACGUGAUGGAGAUCGCUGCUCUCAAGGGCAGCUCCAGUGACAUGGGCAGCUCGGUGACAUCUGAGUACCAGCUCCAGGAGAGCGUGGUGGCCGACCAGAUCAGCCUCCUGAGCCGGGAGUGGAGCUAUGCAGAGCAGCUCGUACUGUACCUGAAAGUGGCUGAACUUCUGUCCUCGGGGCUGCAGAUGGCCAUAGAGCAGAUCAAAGCUGGCAAGCUGUGCCUCUCCUCCACUGUCAAGCAAGUUGUGAAGAAGCUGAAUGAGCUUUACAAAUCCAGUGUAUCCUCCUGCCACUGCCUCAACAUGAGACUGCAGAGGUUCUUCUUGGACAAGCAGAAGCUCAUGGAUCGGAUCAAUAGCAUCACUGCAGAGAAGCUCAUCUUCAGCUACGCUGUGCAAAUGGUGCAGUCUGCAGCCCUGGAUGAGAUGUUCCACCACAGAGAGGACUGUGCACAGAGGUACCACAAGGCUCUGCUGCUAAUGGAGGGGCUCCUGAACAUCAUCACUGAACAGGGAGACAUAGAAAACAUCAGUAAAUGUAAGCUGUGCAUCGAGCGCAGGCUGUCAGCUCUGCUCUCGGGGUUCUGUGCCUGACUCCAGUGGUGUUGUCCUUCACACAACUCACCCCAGCUGAUUGCUUUGUCCCCUACAGCCUGUGCUGUGGUGGGAAACCACUCUGGCAGUAGGACACCUGGAGGAUGGACUGCUCACUGUUCUGGUUUUGGACGUUUUGGGAAGUUGUUCCACAGACUCAGAUUCCUUUGUGGGGACGUGUGACUGCAGCAAGCACAAAUAUUUCCCUGCCCAAAGGCCUGGGUGAAGACAUAGCUGAUGUGGAAAGGUCUCCCUCGUUGUCAGAGGGAGUGAAGGAUAGAAGUCUGCUUCUUCCCAGCACUUUGAAGGAUAAGACUGCUGCCUAUCCCUCUUGCUUAAGAACAGGGUAUUCCAGUGCUGUGUCCAUUGCAGGCAAUGGAUGUGCUGAAACUGCUGGCUUCAGUUGAUGUCCGAGUGUGUCAUUCAGACAUAAAGGCCAGUCUGUGUACUUUCCCCUUCCCAGCUGAGAGCCAGGCAUCUUCAAGCUCCCUGGCUACUGGAGGCUCCCCUCCACUCUCUCCUUUGUCCUUUGUCCUUGUGUUUAUGCCUUGGAGUGCUUGGAGAGGAGGGAGUUGGCGUUGUGAAGUAGCUCCCACCUCAACAGACUCGCUGAGUGAGGCAGAGGACGUGUGGCUGCUGGGAAGCUUGGAAAUCUCAUGGCUGCUGUGUGGGCUCCCUGUCUGCCUGCCUGGAUGGGCAAAGAACACAGGGAAAGGGGCUGUGCAGGAAACAGGAGGGCAACAGAAAGGGUCACGCUCCUGUGUUUGUAAGAAGCCAAAAUGAAUCUGUUCCUCCCUUGGUCCCCCGGCUCAGAGGGAUCCAUGUGAAAGACUUGUGGCUGUUGAGCUCUCCUGUCAGCACGUUCCUACCUGAGGAAGCACUAGCACUGUCCUGCUUUCAGCUGUUGGCUCAAUAACCCCUUCCCUGGAGCCCCCCAAACUGAAAACACUAGCUUUGUGAAUCAAAGGAGCACUUUACACACUAUGGGAACUUUCAGAAGUUGACUUUGCAUCACACAACAACCCAGGAACAUCACGACUGUUAGGAAUGCUGUUCUUUUUAUUCCUUUCCUUGCUUCCUGGUUGUUUUAUUGCACUACGUGUGUGCGUAUAUUAAUAUGUAUUCCUAAGAGUGAAUAUAUAUUGAUAUUGAUAUGGUUUGUGUGUAACUGUACGUAUUUAACUGUACUGUAUCUCGUGAGUGUGAGGCAAAGAGCACUGCAGAGUCUGUGCUGUUCCUCCUCCACACCAGGAAAAGCUGACUUGCAGUCUGGCAGUACCAAGAUUUGUUUUUUAUUUAAAUGUUCUUUUAAGGACAGUCAUUACAAAGCUCCAUGCUUUUUAAGAGCUGAAGAACAGGCGUUAGGAUCCCACACACUUGGAAACGCAUUUUUAAAGAAGUGUUACUUGCUGCUUUGUUUUUGUUUGUUGGGUUUUUGGUUUGUUUUUUUUUUUUUUUAUAAAGAAAUCCCGUUCAGUUUUACGUUCAGCAUUUCUUUCAAGGAGACUCUAGCCAAAUGCGACUGCAGGUGCGAGUGGCUGGAGCUCUGGGUGAGGCUUGGGGUGCUGUGAGCAUGUGUGUGAGAGGGGAGCUGCUGCCUUCCAUCUGUCUGUGAGAGAUGAGUGUGAGUUCAGAGUCGUGGCAGUGUUGUGGUAGAGCUGGGCAGAAAAGCAUCUUUGAAAGCAACUCGAAACCUCAGGCUUAGUUUUUGGGGAUCUAAAAAUAUUUUGCACAUGGUGGUUAAGUCCUCAUUGCUUUUUUUUCCUCUCAAGAUUGGCACGUUCAGUGUGAUACUUUGCAAGAGUUUCAGGAGCAACUUCAUGGGCUUUGGAGCUGGCACUGCAUUUGGCAACAUGGGUGUUUCUGUUCACAGAGCAGAAGUGCCAAUAAAGAAAUUUAAAAAUAUUUCCAAUUGCCCCAACCAGGGAAGCUUUAAGUGUAGCUUUCACAAAUGCUUCACUAUUUGGCUCACAGUUUGCUGCUUCUGUGGCCAUUUGUGCUUGUGCCUGGGAAAAAAAGGAGAAAACAAAAAAAAGAAGACAAAACCAACCAACCCCCCCAGCCUGUUGUGGACAGCAAUGCCGAGGAGACCCAGACUGCUGCAGAAAGGCUUUGGCCAGCUGUGCAAAGGGCUACGCUGCAGCACGGAAGCACCAAGCCAGGACUGACUCUGCAAGACCAAGCCCUGCACCCCAGACCUCGGGCACAGCCCCCAGAGAGGCCCAGCCCAGCCCCACAUCUGCUGCCCCAGUGAGCCGUGUGUGUGGCAAGCUCAGCACUAACCUUCCAGCUGUACUUCAUUACUUGAAUGUAUCAAAAUCGUCCACAUUCAAUGUAUACAAGUAUAUAUUGCUCCAAAAAAAAAUUAAAAAUUGUGGUUUACAGACCUACAACUGAUAUAUAUGUAUGUGUUUGUGUAUAUACAUGCAAGGCUGUGUGUGUGUGUGUGUAUGUGUGUGCAUGGGUAGAGAUACACACACAAACACAAACGUGUAUAUAUAUGUUUUUUUCUCUCAAUACUUGAAACUUAGCCACUGUGCUUGAAUUAAAAAAAAGAAAAAAAACCAACAAAAAACCAACAAAAAUCCACACAAAAUAACCCCAAAAGCAGGGGAGGAAAAAAAAAAAGAAAAGUGAUUUAUUUUGCCAUCACUUUGGUGACUUUCUUUUUUAUCUAACUGCAUGUAGCGUGAAACCAACUUUUUUAGUGAAAAAUAUUUAUUGCUUUGUAGACAAUAAGGUAUGCAAAAAAAAGAAGAAAAAAAAAAAGAAAGCACCCCAAAAACCAACCCCCAACCAUUGCUGAAGUUGCUAGUGUAGUCCACCUGCUAUUGUCAUGGCUUUGUUGCUGUUGCAGCGUUUGUGUCAGGCGUCUUUAAUAGAUUUCAGGAAACCUCAGUCUGAUUACACGUACCUUCAGGUUUGUGAGAGCGUAUGAUGAUGUUCUUUAUAAGGUAAUGCUUGAUACUUUGUCAACAUUUUUUAUUUGUGUUUUGUGUGACUUUUUUUUUUUUUUGCUUUAAAUUGUACAACACCGAUUUAAGACAAUAAAAUUGAUUUGAAAUUGUUA